CCCCCAUUAUCUCACGCUCUUCACACGCCAUGGAAAUCGCUAACUUCGCUGCAGCACAAGCGCCGACUGCAGGCCGCAGCGCGCGUCUCUCCCUGCUUCCUGUUACACAUUUCCGUUACAUUCACGGAAUUACUCCCACCAAUACCGUAUACCGAGUGCUUAAGAUGUCACACAUAAAAAACAAAAAAACAAAAUUAUAACUAACUAAUCAGAAGCAUAAAAUAACUAAAUGGCGCCGUCUAAAUAUACAACUGUAAAAAUAAAAUUAUUCCCAAUCAGUGUGAUUUCACUAUAAAACGGGCUGGACGGUUUUUCAGAGCAAUUUCUCUGAUUCGCAGUGGUUUUGACAAUUUUUUUUUAUACAUUUGUGGUAUUGCGUACCUUUUUUUUUGGUGCCAGUGUGCCACUGUUUCGUGCCAGCGUACCAUUAUUUCGAACAUCCCAUAUCCCGGUAAGAUUAAUGUGGCGGAGGCGGAGGUCUCUGGCGAGAGCGCCUCCAAGAGUCGCCGCAGACCGCUGCUCCCUGACGGGGGCCCACCGCCGACGAGGCUGUCGUAUCUUAUCGCGGGCUAACACCCGCCCGCUCCAAUGAUGAGGAGGUGUGUGUGUUCGCGGCCGGCGGGGAGAGAGACGCCGUUGCCGUUUGCCUCAACGCGCGACGUGGGAGGCUUCCUGUAAUGUUUGCCGACAUAUUUCGAGGACCGCGACGUCAUCGUCAAUCCCGGGAACACGCGCGCGAUAACGCAGAUCCCGUGACGCACGCGAUAACGUGUUGUUGUUUUAUUAUUAUUAUUAGUUUUAUUAUUCCCCCUCCCCUCCUCCUCCUCCUACUUCUCUCGACGAAUCGCGGGUCGGGAUAGAAGAAGACCUCCGCCGGUGGCGAACCGGGUCAGUCAUCUUUUUUUCUGGGGCGAGCCUCUCCGCCAUACCGCCAAGAAAGUGUGUCGAUGCCGCCGGUAGGUCGCGAGACCGCUUCUUCUUACCUUUGAAGAACGUCGAGCGAAGCCCGGUUGGUGAAAAAAAAAGGAAAAGGGGGGGGGGGACCACUAUCAGCUCCGUGGCGCCUCCCCAGCUCGCGCAAGAUCAAGAUGGAGCGUGUUUGUGACGUCGGGUAAACACCGCCUCCCACCCCUCUCCGCCCGUGUGUGCGCGGCGGCGGUAAUCGCCGGCGGUUGUUCGCGCGCGGGAUGUCGCCGCCUCGGGUCGGGAGCCGAGCCGUCGCGACGAGCGACCGCUGACGGCCGCCGAUGCGGUGGUCGACGCCGCAGCUGCUGGUAGCGGUGCUGGCGGUGGUGCUGGCGGGCGCGGUCGCGCGCGUCUGCCGCAGCGUGGACGCGCGCAACCGCGCCGAGGCGCUGCUCAAGCUGCGCGGCUGCACCGUCGUCGAGGGCUUCGUGCAGGUGCUGCUGGUGGGACUGCCGCCGGCGGGAGGCGGGCGAGGGCGCCUGUCAUUCCCGGAGCUCGUCGAGGUCACCGACUACCUGCUGGUGUACCGCGCGCGCGGCCUGCGCAGCCUCGGCGCGCUCUUCCCCAACCUGGCCGUGGUGCGCGGCCGCGCGCUCUUCUACGACUUCGCGCUCGUCGUCUUCGGGAACCCCGACCUCGUCCAGGUGGGCUUGAACAGCCUGACCACGAUAGUGCGCGGCGCCGUGAACAUCUACAAGAACAAGAACCUGUGCUACGUGGACACCGUCGACUGGUCCCGGCUCGGCAGAGGCAAGCACCACUUCGGGAGAAACCAGGACGCCGAGGCGUGCGCGGCGAGGCAGCGCUGCGACCACUGCAAGGACGGCCGCUGCUGGGGCGACGACGGUGAAGACGGCGGCGGCGGCUCGUGCCAGAGGACCCCGCCUGCCGGCUGCCACGCCGAGUGCCUGGGCGGCUGCCGCGGCGCCGGCCCGCGGGACUGCGUCGCCUGCCGGCGCUUCGAGCUGGACGGCGCCUGCGUGGACCGCUGCCCCGAGCACAGGUAUGCGUACAUGGGACGACGGUGCGUGACGGCCGAGGAGUGCCGCAGCAUCCCCAACCUCGAAAUCUCGCAGCUGAAGGAGUGCGAGCUGGAGCCGUCGAAGGACAAGCGGUGGAUCCCGUACGCGGGGGCGUGCUCCCAGGACUGCCCCGCCGACCACCAGCCGCUGGGGGACAGCUGCGAGCCCUGCCGCGGCCACUGCCAGGUCUUCUGCGGCGGCGGCGAGGUCGUGGACGUGAGGAGUCUGGCGUGCGCCCAGAGCCUGCGCGGCUGCAACUACCUCAACGGCUCGCUGGUCGUGCGCCUGCAGUCUGACGACGACGACGGCGCCGUCGCGAGGGAGCUGGAGGAGAGCCUGUCCUCCGUCGAGGAGAUCGACGGCUACCUCGAGGUGUCCCGGGCGGCGCCCCUCGUCUCCUUGAGGUUCCUCCGGCGGCUCCGGAGGAUCCACGGCAGGCGGCUGGAGGGUGGGACGUCUGCCCUCGUCGUCAGGAACAACCCCAACCUCCAGCUCCUGUUCCCCUGGGACCAGAUGACCGGGCUGGAGAUCCGCGCCGGUCGCCUCAAGUUCCACGACAACCCCUUGCUCUGCCUCGCAGAGGUGGACCGGCUGCAGAAGUUUGCGGGACUGACGAACUACACUUUCGUGGAAGUGUCCGCAGAGUCGAACGGCAACGAAAACAUAUGCAAAACCUUCAGUUUAGAUGCGGAAUAUUUUGUUGUAAAUUCAACUUGUGUAGAAAUAAGCUGGAACGCCGUAGAACAGUUGAAAAGACUAACACUUCUUGGCUUCACCAUACACUACGUAGAAGCAAAUAACUUAAAUGUUUCCGUGAAUGAUAUUCGUGAUAACUUCUGUGGUGAAGAUGGGUGGAAAGUUGAGUACGUAAUCACACACAGUGACAAACCUUUACCUGAAAAGAUUUACCAUAGGGUAUUUAACCUCAAACCUUACACAAGAUAUGCAUUCUUUGUUAAGACGUACACAAUUGCACAAGAAGUAGAAAAAGGCCUGAGUCCAUUUUUGUACUUUAGGACACACCCAGAUCGUCCAACAGUUCCCAGGUCAGUAGCUGUAUUAAACAGUACCUCCUCGGAGAUCACACUGUCUUGGAAACCCCCAUUGUACCACAAUGGCAAUCUUACACACUACAUCAUUCUCGGAAAACUGUACUUAGACAGCGAGACUUCAGUGAUUGACAGGGAUUUCUGUAACCAUCCUGUUGAUGUAAAAAAACAUUCUGGAACACAAAAAGUUUCUGCUACUUCAUCAAACAAGUCCUCAAAUUUCUGCUGCGAAAAAAAUAAUUAUGGCUUAGACAUUCCAUUUUCCCAGUUGGACUACAUAAUUCAAAAAGUAACAAAAAAAGAUGACAUGAAUGAACAGUCAAUAUAUAGUUUUCUAUAUAGCAAUGACAUUUUUAGAGAACAGGGAGGCUUUAUUAAUCACUAUGGACUAGGUGGGCCAUUAUUCAAUAAAACUGUUGAAACAUAUUUUAAAUCAGAGCAUCCUCCGAAAUUUGCAAACAUAGAUGACACGGUUGAAGUCAAAAUGGCGGGAGUCCUAGUUUACUUUAUGAAGAGAGUGAGUGCUUCGUCAUCGUUAACUACUAUAAAAAAUUUAGCACACUAUGGCGAGUAUUCCAUGAAAAUAGUUGCCUGCCGAAAAUCAUACUUCAACGAAUCGGAUGAUAACUGGUUCCAUGUCCGAUGUAGUCCGACCAGUCUCAUGCAUAGCAGAACAAAACCUCUAGAAACUGCUGAUGAUAUAAACUCUACGAGUAUAAGAGUGAAAAAUAUGAAUGGAAAAGAUUUCCUGAGUUGGGAUUCACCACCAAACCCUAAUGGUAUAAUUGUUAAGUAUGACAUCUCAUAUGGCUUGGCAAACGAUGAACAUUUUCCUAAUUUUAUGUGCUUGCCACAUUUCGAAUUCAACCAGUCUGGACGAUCAAUAGAGCUCCCCAACUUAAUCCCUGGAAGGUAUCAUGUCCGUGUGAGAGCGACGUCUCUAGCCGGUCCUGGAAAGUUUACGUCACCGGUUUUUUUCCGUGUCGUUAGCACUGCUGCUGAUCCAAACAUGGUUAUAGUAAUUGCCUGCAUAAUUUUUGCUGUUGCUAUUGUCACUGUAUUGGGAGCUUACAUCUGGCACGCAUUACAGAGCGAAAGGCAGCGGCAGAGAUCACUGUACACUUUCGCCAACCCAGAUUACGUGAGUUUGAGUGCUUACGUUGAGGACGAGUGGGAAGUUGCGAGAGACAAAGUGGAACUGUUGAAAGAAUUGAGCCACGGUUCUUUCGGCAUGGUGUACGAGGGCAUUUUACGGCCAGCAAACGUUCGCUGUGCGGUGAAAACUGUGAACGAUAAAGCGACGGUGCACCAGAGGUUGGAGUUCUUGAACGAGGCGUCUGUGAUGAAGGCGUUCACCGAAGCACAUCAUGUGGUGAAGCUUCUAGGUGUAGUCUCGAAAGGGCAGCCACCGCUAGUGAUCAUGGAGCUGAUGGGGAACGGAGACUUGAAGACUUACCUCAGAUCUGCGAGGGACGACGUGGAUAGAGUUCCAACCACCCGGAUAACUGUAAAAAUGGCAGCAGAGAUCGCCGAUGGAAUGGCGUACUUGGAAGCGAACAAGUUUGUGCAUCGGGACCUUGCCGCCAGAAACUGCAUGGUGACCGAUGACUUGACAGUCAAAAUAGGGGACUUUGGAAUGACUCGUGACAUAUAUGAGAACGAUUACUACCGCAAGGAGAGCAAAGGCCUGGUUCCGGUGAGGUGGAUGGCUCCAGAGAGCCUUGGCGAUGGAGUUUUUACCAGUAAGUCAGAUGUUUGGAGCUACGGAGUGGUACUUUGGGAAAUAAUUACUCUAGCAGAGCAGCCAUAUCAAGGACUAUCUAAUGAAGAGGUCCUGCAGUUCGUGGUGGCCGGAGGCUGCCUGGACCACCCCGCGGGAUGCCCCGGCUUCCUCCGCCACCUGAUGGCGUGCUGCUGGCGGCGGAGUCCCAACCACCGGCCGACGUUCCUGCAGGUGCUCGACUGCUUCGAGUCGGGCGGCGCCCGCCUGGACGACGACUUCCGGCGGGUGUCCUUCUACCACGGGGAGGCGGGGCUCCAGCUGCGGUCCGGCCAGGACUUCCGGGCCCACGAGGAGGAGCUCGUCAGCCUGCUGGGGGACGUCGGCUCGCCGGGGUCAGGCGGCGAGUACUUCUUGUCGUGAGAGCCUCGGGCCGGUUCAGGGAGACGCCCCGAGCACCCCUGAUCGCAAUUUUCACUGCAUGAAAUAACAAUCUCCUGAGCAAACCUAAAAAAAAAAACCACUAGUUCCUGAACUCAAGUGUGUUGAGAUCAAAGAAGUCAUGUAAAGGAGGUUGUCAGGUUGGAUGGUUGGGUGUGAGAGGAAUGACAAUAGCAAGAGUAGAUAAACACCUGUGUGUAACUUAACCAGAGGGAAUUGGAAUUGUGCAAGUGGUAAUAUGUUCAAGCUGAAAUGCAUAUAAAGGACGUGCAUCACGACAAACAUCCCGCCCUCCUCCCGUUCCCCUUUCACCAGCUCUGGCUCCGAACUGCUGUGAGCCUUUCCGCGUGCACUACAAACACUGUAAGUCUGAGGCAUAUUUUGUCAACAAAGAAGUAACAAGGCCAGUUUUAGUGAUCACUUUUUUAAUUUUCAGCCAGUCAGUUUGGAAGCCGACAAAUCACCAGAUCGCCACCGUUUAUUUUAACCGUUAUCACAUUAACUUUUUUAGAACUCAUUUUAAUAUACUGUCAGCCACUUGACACAGUUAAGCAAAUUCCCAGCAAAAACUUUGCAUCAAGUCACAACUGUGAAUGUGGGGCUUAAUUUACGUAAGCACUUUCCAUGAUAUAAUUUAUUUCCUAAAAAUUUCACAGUAAAUAUUUAGUAUUACAUCUAUAGAUAACAUAACCUUUGCUCCACAUAAAUUUUAUUGUUAUAUGCCCAGGAAUAUAAUUUGUUUUAGUUACCCUUCGAUUUUUUUUAUUUUAAAAAUAGAUGUUUAUAUUUAGCUUAAAUUUUGUCAACCUAUGUGGUACAACACAAUUUUUUAUAGCAGCACAAGCUGCAAACAAAUAAAAUUAAACUGAUCAAAGUACUGAGGAACUUUGCAAAAUUAAAUUUUCCAGAUCCAAAAUCUAUUGAAAUAUAGCUUCAAAAUAGCUUAGACUUAAUAAAUACCCUGUUGCAAAAACAAUAGUGUCAAACAUAAAACAUAUAUAUUAUAGUUUUUUGUGUAACAAAAUGUUAUCACUGAUCAUAUAUUAUGCACAUUGUUAUGGGUGUGAACUUCCCACCAAAAGUGCAGUGCACUGACAUCGUCCCGGGCUGCGCCCUUCUGAGCCCGAUGUGCCACCACCUCUCCCCUUAAAAUCUGCGAGCCCCCUCCUUCCACCACCACCCUCUACGCCCGCCCGCCAAUGUGACGUCAGUGCUCCGCUCCCGAGAGUUGCCGAGCGAGGACGAAUGGGCAGUGAGUCGCGAGCGCUGCGAGAGGGAGCUUCAUUCACCUGUUGUCGGUCUCGGAGGUUUUGAGCGACACAGGGGGAAACGGGCCUCGCCACACACGGGCUACAUCACGGCCCUGAGAACAGAGUAGCCGGGUCCACAUGCCCAUUAUACAUGUGGUGGCGCCCUAAACUUCGACGAACACUUCAACCCCCAUUGCGGUAGCAGCAUGCAUAGUUUUCCUAUCAUUCUCGAGUGAACUUGUGUAAGAAAAACCAAAUGUACUGAUAAAAGAUAGUUCCUAUGUGAUGUAUUAAUAAUAUUAGCUGUGAUGUUAUUUUUAUGGGUUAGUUUACAGUUUCUGAAUACAAUCAUAAAAAUAAAAUAUUUUGCUCUACUAUUUUUUUUAAAUACAAUUAUAUUUUUUAAAAUAGUUUUCUUUGUGAUAAGUACUAAUGAAAUCAAGUAGGACCCUUGGACAACAAACUGUUUUCAUUACUGUUACUUUUAUACUAUCAUAAUUCCAUAAUAUUUGGUGGAGUGCAGCAUUUAUAAACUACCUAAGUGAGACAUGUUAUGAUUUAACUUGUAAUCUUAUAGACUAUAAGUGCACUUAUUGUGUACACUAAGCAGAUAUAAUUAAAUAUAAAAAAAAUAAUGAAAUACUGAAUGUAAAAGGUUCAAUAUUAUUUUAUUCUGAAAAAAAAAUAAAAGUGUAUGAUACUUAACAAUAAAGCAAAUAUGUUGUAAAAAAAAAAUUCUAGUCAAAAACUUUCAAAGACUGGAACAAAUAUGUUAGAACAUAGAGUUUGUAGAUGAUUAAAAUUCUUUAAAAUGCAAAUCUAUGUCAAUUUUGAACUUUGUUCUUAGAGUAUGUCUGAGAAAUAUUUUUUUUGAACAUAUGUAUUGUAUAAAGUAUAAAUUUAAUCAACCUAGUUAAAAAAAAUUGUUAUAAUAUUUAGUUUAAUGAACUUUUUAAUUGUAAUUUUAUUCAGGGAAUGUUACUAUGAAUAUAUAUGUUUAUUUACAGUAAGUUUGUUUUAGAAUUUUUGUUCAUUUACCUUCAUGAAAAUUAUUAAAAAUUAAAAAGAAAUAACUGAUUACAUGAAUGCAGUUAUUUUUACAAAAUGCAGUAACAUAAUAUGUAGGCAAUAAUUAACAUAUCACUGCUGCAAUUUUGAGAGGAAUUUAAACUAAAAAUUCCAUUUUGGCACAGCCUACAGGCAUAGGUAGAUUUCAAAGUACCUUUCUUCUGGAAACGUUUUAUAAACUUCUUGAACAAUUUAAGAACUCAAUGUACUUACAUGACAUCCCAUAUAUUGUCAUAUUCCAUGCAGCGAAAAUGUUUAUAAUGUUUUUAACUCAAUGCAUUGAGCAUUGAAUAGCUUACAGCGAACUUCAUACUAUGCUUACUAAGGUAGUUAUGAAACUUUUUGACUUUCAAACACUAUUUAUCAUCCCUUGCAUUAAUAAUAGUUCAUAUAAAAGUUUGCUUUGGACCAAGGUUUGAGAUAAUAUUAAGAUAUUUCAAAAUAUAUUCCAAUGAGUUGGAUAGUAAGGAAAUUUUGAUUUUUUUUUUAAAUUUAAAACCCUGUUUUAAUAGUAAUUCGUAGUAUGUUUCAUCUAAAAUUGUUUCAGCUAAAGCUUUUAUAAAUGUUUAGAUUUUUACAAUAAAUAAUAAUGUAUUUAUAGUAUACCUACUAAACAUUUUAUGAUUUUUUUUUAGUCUUUCAAUCCUUGUUAUUAUCACCAAUUGCAGAAAUGGUUUGUUGAAUAAAAAAUUAUUGCACACGAAAGUUGUAGGUAAUAUUUUAAGGUUUUACAAUAAAGAAAAUUGAUUUAAUAGUGUACAUGAUAUGUAAUUUAUGAUAUUUUUUCUAUACCUGUUUUUUUUCCAACACUUUGUAGGAAUUGUUUGUCUUAUCAAAAAUAGGUUCAGACAAAAUUUUGAGAUAGUAUUUAUAUGGUUUACUAACAACUUGAACAAAUUUAAUAGUGUGCAUAUUAAGGGAGUUAUAAAUUUUUUUGUUCUUCAUCCCUUGUUUUUUCCACUCUUUGCAGUAAUGGUUGGUUGAAUUAUUUCAAACAGAAGUUAUGGCUAAUAUUUUAAGGUUUUAUAAUAAAUAACAACGGAUUUAAUAGUGUAUAUGGUAUUGUAAUUAUGAAUUUUUUUAAAUGCUACUCCUGUUUUUAUUUAACUCUUAGCAAUGGUUUGUUUGAUACAAAAUUGUUUCCAACAAAAAAAUUAUAUAAAAAUUAUAAGAUUUACAAGCAAUAUGAAUGGAUUAGACUGUGUGCCUACUAAAA